UAUUUGCUGCAUAUCUAUGAAAUUUAGGGAUAGAAAACAUUACCUAUCUCUAAAAGUUAUCACAUUCAACAUUAUGCUUCUAAAUACUGUAUUCAGGAAUGUCAAAGCAUCACUGGGAGAUGUGGUUUUAGAGCUGAAGGAGUUAACUAGUGCCCUGACCACACCGGAGAUGCAGAAAGAGAUCCAGGAGCUAAAGAAGGAAUGUGCUGGCUACAGAGAAAGACUGAAGAACAUCAAAGAGGCCACCAACCAUGUGACUCCAGAAGAGAAAGAGCAGGUGUACAAGGAGAGGCAGAGGUACCACAAGGAGUGGAGGAAGCGCAAGAGGAUGGCAACAGAGCUGUCUGAUGCCAUCCUUGAAGGAUACCCCAAGAGCAAGAAGCAGUUCUUUGAGGAAGUUGGGAUAGAGACUGAUGAAGAUCACGACGUCAAGCUCCCAGAUCCCUGA